CUCCUUACGAGUAUUUUGGAAUAUGCUAACGCUACGAAAUAUUCGCGGUGCUACGAGGAAGCGGACCUCCUGUUACAGGCCGGGCAUUUGUUUCUUUGCGGCAAAACAUCGUCGUCCGAGGACAACGUUGAAAUAUUGGCGUUGUGCCUCGCAACGAGCAGCGUCCGAGGCGAUCCGCAUGAGAUCACCGUAAAACUUGUCGCGGGAGAUGGCCCAAAGUUCCGUGUGGACAGUGCCGUCUGCUCGUGCGUGGCGGGAUCAUCAGAAUGCUGCAAGCACGCUGUCGCCACGCUUCUUCACUGCAACAGAAAGGGAAUCCAGCAUCUCGAAGAUCUAAGCUGCACCGACAAGGAGUGCGCGUGGAAAAAGACCCCUGGAAAGGAGUUGUAUGGCGAUCCUGUGCCGUACAAGAUGUUCUGCCAUGUAAAGAGGCUCCGACCUACGCUGGAGCCUUCACCCGAGGCGCAGGCAGCUAUCCUCAAGCAGCUGACAGGCGCCUGCUUUAAUUCUGCGCUCGCCAAGCAUAGGUAG